GCCACAAUGGUCCGUCAGCGUCGACUUCACCGUCAGCUUUAACUGACAGCUAAGUUUAAAGCAAUGAUAUUCAAUGCAGCAACCCACAAUGAUGCGUUGCGUCAAACGCACGCAUGUACUAAAAACGCUGACGCUGUGCUAAACUUUGAAAAUCUUCAAACUUGACGCAUCAGCCAACGCGUGAAGGAAGAUUCAAAAUAAAAAAAAUGGCUAGUUUUGAAGAGAAGUUAAUUGUUCUAGUAAAAGAGUACCCAUGUCUGUACUCAAAGGGCUCAAAAGAGUACCGAAACGCACAAAAAAAAGAGCACAUUUGGAUGCACAUUGCGGGGCAGCUAAAUAAAACAGCUGAGCAAGUAAAAGCCCGCUGGAGGAGCCUCCGGGAUCGUUUUGGCAGUUUGAAACGCAAACUGGCGGAAGAUUCACGAUCGGGAGCUGGGGGUAGCUCGAGUCCGGGAUGGCCGCUGUAUAAGGAACUAUUGUUCCUUGGCGCACAUAUGGAAGCAAGACCAUCAUGUUCCAACUACGCUGCUCCUGGUUCUUCCGGUUCUUCCCAGUCUUGUUCUCAGGCCAACUCAGAAGUUGAUGCUGCGGAACAGGAGGAAGACGGCGAGGAGAAUAUGCUUGACACCAGCGCUACCACUCCUGUUGGAAGCACACCAUCAGGGCAUCGUCAGCGCCGCCGGAAACUUGACGACGGCGUAGAAAUGCAAAUGCAAAGCAUCCUUGCGUCCGUACAAGAGCGGGUCGAUGGAUGGGGAGCGAAGCGACCGAGGCACGAGCGGUUUGCAUCGUACUUGGCAGCGCAAAUGGAACAGCUUCCGCUGCAGGUGGCCCGAUCGCUAGAAGUUGAGUUCAUCGGAAAGGUGAAUAGCCUCAUUGAUGAGUGCGAGGCGCUUCAAUACGAACCAAGCGAUGAAAAUUCAGUUCAAGACAACUAAUGAUCUAAAAAUUUCCGAUUACAUAUUUUCU